AUGCCGGAGACAGAUCUUGUUGAAAAGAUUAUGAGUCCCACGAAAAUCAAUACUUUUCGAUUUCGAACUCCUAUAAAUGAAGGUGUUAAAACACUUGAAAUUAUGGAUAAAGACAUUAUUUUCAAUUAUAUAUAUGAUGAUUGGAAUUAUCAUCGUAGAUUUUACUCUAAAAUUUUAAAGACACCACAAUCUCGUCAAAAGAUUGUAGAGUCUUCUCAAUCUAUUUUUGUUGAAAUUAAAAAAUAUUGGAAAGAAAUUGAUGAACCUAUAAUUGAUCUUUCAGAAUGGAUAGUUAGAUUUGCAUUUGAAAAUAUUAUGUACUUGACAACCAACAAGCGAUUUAAUUCGAUUGCUGAUUAUUAUAAUUCUUUAAAACCUAAUACACAACCUCCAUUAACAGAGAAACUUAUUGGAGGAGCAAAGAAAUCGUUAGACUCAUUGGUCUUGGAGAUAGUUAAAAAGCGCAGAGAACAAAUAGAAAAUAGUGAUGUGAAAGAAGAAUCAUCUCAAGAUUUUUUAACACAAUUAUUGACAAUAAAUACGAAGCAGGAUGUCACUAAAGAAGUUAGAGCUUUUAUGACAGAAAUUCUUGCUGGCGGAUCCUUUACGAAAAUUGUUAAAGAAAUCGAAUCAAUAUUAGGCAAAAAUGUUAAUAAGGAAAUUACAUUAAAUGACUUAGAUAAUAUGAAAUAUUGUGAAGCUGUUAUUAGUGAAGAAAAUCCAAAUCAAUUUAAACCUGAAAGAUUUUUGGAUGGUGAAAAGAUCAAUAAAAACACAUUUUUUAUGUUUGGUGGUGGUACUCGAAUUUGUCCA